CAGUUGCUCCUUUUGAGUCGUUUCAACGAGAAGGCGCGCAUCGCGCGCUUCGCGCCUUAAAGCCAUGGGCGACGAGGAGCAGAAGACGCUCUGGGUAGGGUCGCUUCCAACCGAUGUCACCGAGGAGGAAAUCCGCGACAUGUUCCGGAAGUGUGGCAAGAUCGAUCACGUUUUCAUUUCGCACAAGCGCGACGAGAAGUACCUUUACAGCUUCGUACACUUUGCAGAUGGCAGGGGCUAUGAGAACGCCAUGCGGCUCCGAGAGGAUGAGCUGCGGCUUCGCGGCGAGCUGCUGAGGGUGAAGAAAGGCCUGCAGAGGAACCACGCCAGGGCAAAGAACUACUCAUGGCAGGACAACAGGCAGGACAACCGGCAGGACAACCGGCAGGACCGCCAGGACAACCGGCAGGACCGGCAGGACAACCGGCAGGACUGGCAGGACAAGUGGGACGAUCGUGGCCGGGCGCGCUGGGAGGAGAAGCCUUGGCGCGAGGAUGCCCGGAGGGCCCCAGCUCAGCAGCGCUUCUGGGUGGACGGAGACUCUUCAAACUAUCCCAUGAAACUCCAGGUGAAGGCCGGCUUUGAGGAGAGGAGGAUCUGGGUCGGCGGCUUGCCGGUCAAGAUCUCCGAAAGCGACAUCAAGCGGAAGUUCCGGGACUUUGGGGAGAUUGAGUUCGUGUCCCUGAAGCACAAGGAGCAGGACAGCUUCUGCUUCAUCGGCUUCGACACCGCCAAAGCUGCGGAGGACGCCAUUCGUAGGAUGGACAGGUCGGAUGACUGGGGCAACCCGAUCAAGGUGACGCUGUCCUUGCCACCGAAGCGCGAAGGGUCGCACCGGAGUGUUGAGUAUGCGGACUGGAAGGAUGAGGCCCGCCGCAGCACUUCCCGGGAAAGGAAUUCGCACCGGGAGAAGGGGCAAGGCUACCGGCCAGAGCGCCCUCGCUCUCCCGGGAAUGAGAACUCCAGGGCCUUGCUGGAUAGAGCUCCCAAGGUCCAGGAAUCCGAAAGCGAGUACAGCGAUCGCGACAGUAGCUACUAUUCGGAGGGCGAGGACGCGGCCAAAGUGCAGGGCGUGCUGAAGCCCCGUGAGCUGCGGAAGGAGCAGGAGAGCGGCUCUAGCUCCAGCAGCGAAGAGCGCGGGAGGCUAGAGACGUCUGGGCGUCGUGAGGAGGCGAAGCCUCGUGCCGAGACUGAGGGUGAGGCGCCAGCCGCAGGUGGAGACAGGCCAGAGAGGCGUCGGCGCAGGAGGAAGGUCGAUGCCAAUGGCCAGCCGGAGCGGCGGAUGAAGCGAAGGCGGAGGCAAGCAUCUGCAGCUAGGCAGCCCUCAGCGAAAGAGGCCCCUGUGCCGGAGCCGGAGCCGCGCGAGAAGGCCCGCAGCCGGUCACCGAGGAGUCCUCCCAGGACCACCAAGCCCCCGCUGCAGCGGAAGCGCCCAGCACGCGAGAGUGGCAUUUGCGUCAGGGUGGAAAAUCUUCCCUCCGACAUGAGCCUGGACGAGCUCAAGAACACGGCCUUUGACUUCGGAGAGGUGAUCCAGGUGAAGCUGGAGAAGACCAAGGACAAAUCCAAAACAGGCCACAUCACAUUUGAGGAUGGCACGGAUGUCGAGUUGGUCCUGAAGAAGCUGGACAACCGGCGGGUUGAAGGCUGGGAUCGCCGCUUGCGCUGCGUUGUGGAGAGCCGGUGAUGGGUGAGCCCCGGCCGGGCUGUCGCAUUUCCUUCCCAUGUGGAUGUCAUAUUGUUCACA